UUUCAACACCUCGAUCUGAUUCAUAUGCGAUUCUUCGACAAGACCCUCGAUUUACACAUAUUGAAAUAAAGAACAUAGCCAACCUAUUUAGAUGUAAAAAUCCUUCAAUUUCGGUUUACAUUACUUUGACGACUCUAACACUUUGAGUACCUUGUCUUUCACCCCGCUCCCGUUCCGUAAUAAGAGCGAGCUGUACAGUUCUCUCAUAAAUCAACAUGGCAGCGGGUCAGCUUCUACGGGGCCAGUCCGGUCUACCGGUCGACAACUCGACAAAAUCAUAUUGGCAUAAGGAACCCUCGGGGAAACUACUAGGACACCGGACGACCAAGGAAUUACCCCGCUCUGCUGAUGUAGUGAUUGUGGGGAGUGGCAUCACGGGGAGUUUCGCGGCGCACUUCUUGAAAGAGAAGAAGCCGGAUUUAAAUGUUGUUAUGCUGGAGGCGAGAGAAGCUUGUUGGGGAGCUACUGGAAGGAAUGGAGGCCACUGCCAACCCGCAAUAUACGCUGCUUCAAAGCCACACAUCGCCUCAUUUGAACUACGCAACUUUCUCUACCUUAAGAGCCUAGUUGAGGAAUACUCUAUCCCAUGCGAUUGGCGUUCCACAAGCGGCGUCCACGCCUUCUACUCCGCAGAACUAUUCUCCAUCGCGCAGAAAAUCGUCGCAAACCUAUCUGAUAACUACCCAGAUCUAGCUGCCAAUGUUGCCGUAGUGACCAAGGGCGAGAAAGGCAAGGCCGAGGGCGAAUUAUCAGGCACCCCAGCCUAUCUCCUCGAAGGCGAGCGGCGGGAACUCACGCUUCACGGCCUACGAGUUCCUAACGCCGAAGGCGCUGUAGUCCAAUGGAACGCGGCAAGUCUAUGGCCAUAUAAACUCGUAUCCUUCGUUCUCGAACGCCUGCUCGCCGCCAACAACGAGGAAAGCUCCAAGGGCUCUUUUAACCUGCAAACCAACACCCCCGUAACCGGCCUCACACGUGCCGAAUUAUCCAAUAUCGGCCACAAUUCCUCCUCCAAACCACAAUCAAUAUGGACAAUCCACACCCCCCGCGGCACCAUCCUAUCCCCACAAAUCCUCCUCGCAACCAACGGUUACACAUCCCACCUCCUGCCCUCCCUAAGCGACCUAAUAAUCCCGACCCGAGGCCAAGUAUCCUCCCUAACACCCCCAGAACAACCAUCCGUCCCCACCGAUCACCCGCUCGAUAUCGGACAUACAUACUACAUAGUCGGCGAGCCCAACGCCGCUUUCUCGCGCGACGACUACCUAAUCCAACGGCCACCUCCAAGCGCAUCCCUAAUCUUCGGCGGAGGCCGACAGCACGCGCGUAAGCGCGGAGUCGGGGUUUGGGAUGAUAGUAGUGUAGAUGAGAGCGUGUCUUGGUACCUGAGGGGGGAAUUAGGUAGUGUAGUUGACUUAUCGUUAUACCAUGAGAAAGAAGGGGAUACAGAAACAAAGAAACAAGAUCUCACCCCAACUCACGAAUGGACCGGUAUAAUGGGCUACACCCGCGACGGCCAUCCCUUCGUCGGGUCCGUCCCCGAGGGUCUAGGCGGUGGAUCUGGGUUAUAUGUAUGUGCCGGGUAUACCGGCCACGGGAUGCCGAAUGCGGUUUUAUCCGCUCGUGCUGUUGUUGAUAUAUUACUUAGCGAUGAUGGUAAAGGUGGUGAGGUGGAAGUUGAUCUACCGCCUGAGUAUGAACUCACUGAGGAUCGGGUCUUGGCUGCAAGGUUAUUGGAUGAAGUUGCCGUUGUGGAUGAGAAGGGAAGUUUAUAUAUGGAUUUUGGUGCUGUUAGGGGGUAGAUGAAUUCAUGUAGUUGUCGUUUUAUGGAAGAACUGUAGACCAUGAUUAUAUACAUUCACCUACGAAGCGAGUAGGUACAUUCAAUGUAGCUGCAUAUAAAAAUAAACGCGA